AUAAGUCCAUCUCUCAAAUCUUUGCCCUUUCUUCUCACAACAAAAUCUACUGUUCUUUUUUUCGUUUUCUAAUUGUUGCAGUUGUUGUUGUUGAAGCUGCCUGGUGGGGACUCACUGAGUCACUGGGUCACCGAGUGAGCGAGAGAGUUUUUAUUAUUAUUAUUAUUUUUUGUUUCCAUUUUUCCUCUGUCAAAGUGUGAAGAAUUAAUGGCAGCUGAAGAGGUCAAUAAGCCUCCAACUUUACCGCCUUAUCCUCAGAUGAUUUUAUCAGCAAUUGAAGCUUUGAAUGAGGUCAGUGGCUCAAACAAGACAUCAAUAUCCAAAUACAUUGAAUCAAAAUACGGACAGUUGCCAGCCGGGCACACGGCACUGCUGGCUCACCACCUGAACAGAAUGAAGGAAACUGGAGAGCUAGUUUUCUGGAAAAACAAUUACAUGAAACAUGACCCAAAUGCCCUUCCGAGGCGUGGUCGUGGUAGACCCCCAAAGCCAAAGGACCCACUGGCACAAGCCACAAUCCUGACUCCAGCCAGGCCCAGGGGCCGCCCACCAAAGGAUCCGAAUGCUCCUCCCAAGCCAGUGAAGCCUAAGGUAGCAACCGGAAGUGGGAAGCCUAGGGGACGACCACGGAAGUUGCCUAAUCCUUCAGGUGGGAUUAGUGCAAGCACCACAACAACAGUGACGGCAAAAGUGACGGGAAGAGGUAGAGGCCGGCCCCCAAAGGUGAAACCUCCAUUGACCGAAGUGAGUGUUGAACAAUAAUCCUUUACCUUUACUACUACUGGUGGUUGUUGCUUGUUGGUUUUUGCUGUGUUUGUAGAAUUGGUGGUGGUGUUAGUCUGUUCAUUGUGUUGUAAGUGCAAUGUAGAAUUGGAUGGUGUAGUUAUGUCGAGGCUUUGACUGUCGGUUCCCUAGUUUCUGUAAAGGAUGAUUGAUGCUAAUUAUGAUUCGGGUCAAUCUUCUUGUCUUCGCAAA